AACGAAGAUAUCACUGUUUAGUUCAACAUGACGAAUAUGAAAGAGGUUACACCCUUUUAUCAUUCUUUAAGCGGUGAUACGGAGGAGGACAAGAAACUUUUGGAGCCGUUUAAAUACAUUUUACAAUGUAAUGAAAAAUCUGACUUUACAAAGAUAACAUCUGUAUACAACUACUGGUUUAAAAUACCAUCCGAUAAAAUUCGACAGAUUGACGAAAUAUUACGUAUUUCUUGCAAUGUAUGUUUUGUUUUAGAUGAUAUUCAAGAUAAUUCUAUAACGCGAGAAGAUUCUCCCGUAACCCAUUCUAUUUAUGGACUUGGCAACACAAUAAACGCUGCAAAUUAUGUGCAAUUUGUUGCUCUUGAAAAAAUUGCUAACUUACAUCCCGCGGCAACUAAAAUCUUUAUUGAAGAAAUGCUGGAAUAUUAUAGGAGUCAAGGAAUAGAGAUAUAUUUGACGCAUAAUUUCAUCUGUCCAACUGAAAAAGAUUACAAGAUUAUGGUAGCAAGAAAGAGUAGUUGGAUGGUCAAGUUGGCAGUAAGAUUAAUGAAACUGUUUUCUACUUAUGAAGAAGACACUUCAUCGCUAAUAAGUGCUUUCGGAAUGUAUUAUCAAAUACGUAAUGAUUAUUGCAACUUAUUUCAUGAA